AUGAGUGGCAGUGCGUCCGGUAGAGUUAGCAAUAGCAGACCAUGCGGAGGAACAUCGUCCAACAGUGGAAUGGGUGUCGUGGGUUCGAAUUUCCGUGUGCCCAAAUGUGCCCGCUGCCGCAAUCAUGGUGUCAUUUCGGGAUUGCGCGGCCACAAGAAGCUGUGCUCGUACCGGAACUGCCGAUGUGCCAAGUGUGAGCUGAUACUGUCACGGCAAAAGAUAAUGGCUGCACAGGUCGCCCUAAAACGGCAGCAAGCAGUGGAAGAUGCCAUAGCACUGCGUUUAGCUUCGACCGAAACUGGUACACAGCUUGAAUCACUGCCACCAGGAAAAAUUUACGGUAUGACCGUCACGGAACCGUGCCCCUCGCCAUCACCCUCCUCCUCGACGGCCUCGGUUGAUGUUAUCUCAUCGACAUCAUCGGACGGUCUCGGAUCAUUCGAAACUACCGAAGAAGUGCGAUUGGGUAGACCAAAAGCAACAGGAAAUGUAACGGUCUCGCAACAUGCGCUGGACAUGCUAGCAAAGUUGUUUCCACAUCGCAAACGGUCCGUACUGGAGCUUAUCCUCAAACGGUGCGAUUCCGACCUGCUGAAAGCAAUUGAACAGUGCAGCCAGACGCAAAAUAUCAGCGCCUUUAAACCACCAACUCCAGCAGCAGUUUCCGGAUCAGCGCCAAGUACCAGCACACCAAUGACGCAACCACCGAUCAGUCCGACUGGCUAUUCCCCAUUCAUUGCGUAUCCGAAAUGGCUGCUACCGAUGUCCAUACCAGUGUCGUUUAGUCACAUUGCACCCAACCUGGCACCGCGAUGCACUCUCCCAAACUGCGUCAUGUGUGUUCAUCAUCCUAUGUAA